GCUAGAACUGGUGAGUCAGGAUCCUCAUUCUUCCACAAUGAACCCUGUUUACAGCCCCGUGCAGCCUGGGGCUCCUUAUGGCAACCCUAAGAACAUGGCCUACACGGGUUACCCUACAGCCUAUCCAGCAGCGGCCCCUGCCUACAAUCCCAGCCUAUACCCCACCAAUAGCCCCAGUUAUGCUCCAGAGUUUCAGUUCCUGCAUUCAGCUUAUGCAACUCUGCUGAUGAAACAGGCCUGGCCACAGAACUCGUCUUCCUGUGGCACUGAAGGCACCUUCCACCUCCCAGUGGACACCGGGACCGAGAACCGAACUUACCAAGCAUCCUCUGCGGCUUUCAGAUAUACUGCGGGGACUCCAUACAAGGUCCCACCGACCCAGAGUAAUACUGCUCCGCCCCCGUACUCCCCAUCACCUAACCCCUAUCAGACGGCCAUGUAUCCAAUCAGAAGUGCCUACCCCCAGCAGAAUCUCUAUGCCCAGGGAGCCUACUAUACACAGCCGGUGUACGCCGCCCAGCCCCACGUCAUCCACCACACCACCGUUGUCCAGCCCAACAGCAUCCCCUCUGCCAUCUACCCGGCACCUGUGGCCGCCCCCAGGACCAACGGCGUGGCCAUGGGCAUGGUGGCAGGCACCACCAUGGCGAUGUCAGCAGGUACCCUGCUGACUACACCCCAGCACACUGCGAUUGGGGCUCACCCUGUCUCCAUGCCGACCUACAGGGCCCAAGGAACCCCCGCAUACAGCUACGUGCCCCCGCACUGGUAAAGCCUGCAGCCCAUCCAAAUCUGGAGUCACACAUUGUAUGCAACUACUCAAGUCUUACACCGGUGCUGGAGCGGUCCCCCAGCAGCACCACCUCUAUCUGCAAGAAGAGACAGCGGAAGUGCAAGGGUCACUUUAUGCAUCUUUAAUGGUUUUGGUUUUUAUUUUUGGUUUUUGUAAAAGCUGCUUUUUCUAAUCUCCUGCCUCUCCCCCACUGCCCCCCUCUUAGCCGCUGCCCCUCCAGCUGUCCUCCCUCCUCCUGCCUGACCAGGUCACAUCCUCUCUGCUCUUCUCUUCUUCCCCAAGUAUCCUGUCCUGGGGAUCCCGGUCUAGCGGCAGAGAGUGAGGUUUAUUGCAGUGGUUCAGCCGAAGGCCAUUUCAUUUGCAGAGCAUGAACCAGGGUGGCUCUUAGAGCCCGGGAAGGAACUCGGAGCUGCUGAGCAGGCCGCAUCUCUGGGGGUUGUUCCUUUACGUUUCUGUCUUAAAGUAAAAUUAGUUCAGGAUAUUACCAUGUCCUGGCACAAAUGAAAUGUCUUCUGAGAACCAUCGCAACAGGCCCAGAAGAAAAACACCUGAUUCUGUAGGAGUGUUAUUAGCAGCUUAAUAUCCCAGGCUGCGCACUGGGGAAACCAGAGUCUUUGGGAGAAUUUGGGCAGGGGGCACUUGGGGAAGGAGAGGAAGAAGAGGAAGGAGGUGUUUGCCUGACAGCUUUGGUUUGAAAGGUCUCUGGCCAAACUGUCUGGGCCCAAACCUUCUGAUUUGCACAGUGGUUUUAACUGACCUGGCACUUCCUUGAAAGGCGGUUUGACCUCAGAACUGCCAAGCAGCUGUAGGGUGGUGGGAUCCCUGCGUCCUGAGGCCAUGGAAGGUCAGGUGCCCUGUGUGAUCCAGACCUUGGCCUCCGCUCCCCCAUGGACCCACUCUGAUGAGGAGCUUCCUCCUGAUUCGAGUGGGAACCUAGAGCAUUUUCCUCCCUUUCCCUCUGCCCUUCUCGGUGCCGGGGCCCACCUGUCUGCCUGUGGGGCUGGCAGGCAGGCCAGGCUCUUGGUUACCCGUGCCACUCAUGGCCAAAGUGAAGCAACCACAUUCCAAGUGGGUGCUGGCGGCUCUGACGGUCAGGAUAGUGAAGGAAAAGCAAUAGCAAUAAACAUUUCAUAGACUCAUGGAACUGAAGGGACCUUUAGCAAUCAUCUCAUCCAUUCCCCUAUUGACAGAUGAGGAAACUGAGGCCCAGAGAAGAGAUGUCUUCCCUAGACCUCGCAGUAAAUUAGCAUUAAAUGCAGCCUUCCUGUGUAGUGGCUGUUGCCUACAAAAAUGUACCUAGGGAUGGAGUGGCUUGGUUUUGUAAAAAUUAAGUCAGCAGCACCCACA